AUUUGGUUCGAAAUGAAUAGUGAAACUCAUGUUCACUUCAGUAAUUGGGUCAACCCUAUUUUUUUUUUAUUGGAAAAUACGAGACUUUGACUUCGUCAUGCGAUAAAUAUGAGUCCAUAAUCACUUGACCCAAACCCACACAGCCCGAACACCAAGAUGAACGGAAAAAGAAAAUUGGGGAGAAUGGAAAACGGGUCAUAAAACACGUUUAGAAAGGAAAAAAAAAAUACAAAAGUGUGAAAGACAACCGACCAAAUAAAAUUAACAUGGAUUGAAAUAAUUUAAAAAAUAUAAAUAUUAGCAGAAACAUGACAAAGGGAGCAAAACGUGAUUAUUUUGUAAAUUAAGGAAUUUCAAGGGUCAUAUUCCUCAUUGCGUAAAUUUCUUUUCUCUUUCCUAAAAACCACGGGUCUUUCUUCUCCGUGUCCGUACUCUGUCCUUUUCAAUUUCAAGUCUUCUCUUAACUCUUAAGUCUUUCUUCUCCGUGUCCGUACUCUGUCCUUUUAAAUUUCAAGUCUUCUCUUAAGUUACUACAUACUAUUGCUAAAAAAAUCUGAACGUUUUAAUCUGAGAAGGCCCAGAAAAAGAUCAGAUUGGAAUCAGAGAUGGGUUUUCUAGGAUUUGCAUCGACGUCCUUUGAUGUUCUUGCUUGGCCUCUAAUUUCUUUGGGCUAUCCUCUAUAUGCUUCAAUUCGAGCUAUUGAGGUCAAGUCAAACUCGGACAUGCAGAAGUUGAUCACAUAUUGGAUCCUUUUUUCUUUGAUUUCUCUCUCCGAGCUUGGUCUUUCAAAACUCAUUGAAUGGCUUCCGUUCUGGCCUUACAUAAAACUCAUGGCCAUCUCCUUUUUGGUGCUACCUCACUUUGAAGGUGCAUAUCAUGUUUAUGCGUGCGUUGUUCGUCCUUACUGUCUUGUGAACCCAGAAGAAGUUAUCAACAAAUUCAAUAAGCUGAAGGAGUUAUCUCAUAAGGGGGAAAAUUUUCUAGCUAUGGCAGAGAAAUAUCUUGAAGAGAAUGGGUCUGAAGCCUUGGAGAAACUCAUCACAAGUAAGUCAAAAGGUGUGAAAUCUAGUUAUGAUGUGGAAGAGAUCAAGACAGUUGCAAAUACAGAGAAAAAAGAAGUGGUUGCAGCAAUCGAGUCCAGUUGCAAAGGUCCUAUUGUUGUUCAGAAAGAUAUCAAGGCAGUGGAACAAACAGAAAUAAAUGCAGCAGCUGCAGCCAAGCCCAAGUGCAAAGAUCCUAUUGUUGUUCAAAAAGACAUCAAGGCAGUGGAACAAACAGAGGAAAAUGCAGCAGCUGCAGCCAAGCAUAUUUGGCCCAUGAAAAACAACACUGGAAACUUGCAGGAUUUGAGUUGGAAUCCCAAAACAGAGUCUAAGGGCAAAGUUCCUAUUACUGUUCAGAAAGAUAUCAAGGCAGUGGAACAAACAGAAAUAAAUGCAGCAGCUGCAGCCAAGCGUCAGUGCAAAGAUCCUAUUGUUGUUCAAAAAGACAUCAAGGCGGUGGACCAAACAGAGAAAAAUGCAGCAGCUGCUGCCAAGCAUAUUUGGCCCAUGAAAAACAACACUGGAAACUUGCAGGAUUUGAUUUGGAAACCCAAAACAGAGGGCAAAGUUCCUAUUGUUGUUCAGAAAGAUAUCAAGGCAGUGGAACAAACAGAAGUAAAUGCAGCAGCUGCAACUAAGGUGAAGAAUGGAGGGCAAAAUCUUGCUCAUGCCGAGAAGAAAACAGAUGCAACUCUGGAGGUUAAAGACACGACAGCCACAUCAGUAGCUGGCAGAGAGAACAAACUUCCGGAGGUAACCACUUCAAAGAAUAUUCAGAAAGAAUGGACUUGUGCUGUAUGUCAGUUGAAAACCACCAGUGAGAAAGACUUGAAUUCCCAUCUACAAGGGUGGAGACACUGGGCCAAGUGUGAGGAGCUGAAAGCAAGUAAGUCAACGGAUAAAAACAAGGGUUCUUGGUCUUCCACAGAAAAUAAAUCCCAUCAAGCCAAUCAAGAGCCUGGAAAGCGCAAAUGGAGUCAAGUGGACAGUUACAAGGAGAGAAAUCCAAAGAAUGCUGGUAAUACUCAGAUGCAGCCGUCUAAAUUAUGGUGCAGCAUCUGUAAUGUAAGGUGCUCUGGAAAGAUAGAUAUGGCCUGUCACCUUAAAGGGAGGAAACACUUGACUCGGGUUCAAGAAGUGUUUGGCUGUGCAGGUGGUGAACAGGGUUGGGAGGAAACACUUGACUCGGGUUUUGGCUGUGCAGGUGGUGAACAGGGUUGGUAUUGAGGUUAAAAUGGAUUUGAAUGUUUUAAGGUAUACGAGAUGGUUGCGGGCUCUCACAUUUUUGUUUGCCAGGGAAAAAAAGGUAUAAAAUUGGAGAUGUAAUCUUUUGAUUUUACGUUUUAGUGAAGAUGUUAGAAAUUGAAUGUUUAUUUUUUUUGAGGAGUGCUCCAUUCACAGUCGCACCUCUGAUAUAGAAGUUGUAAUCAAUACAUCUUUCCUAUUUUUUUGGAAAUAUAAACUUUUAACUUUUAGGACCAAGUUACCAUUUAAAA